GUUUGUUCUGACAUUUCUGCUGUAUUUAAGUGAACACUGCAGGGUAGCAUAUGGUAGUGUUGUUGUGUGGAGACUUAAGAGACAGGAUGGGUUCUCAUUCCUCUUCAUGACGGUACUUUGGAUUAAGCUAGCCGCAGUGUUAGCGGGCUUCACCUGUUACAGUUCACAGCCAUAUGAGUGACAGAAGGUCGUGUCCAGUGUAGUUUGAUCGCUUGUGCUCAUUGUGCUGUUAUUAACAAAGUCCAGGUUUUGAAAUCACUCACUGUUCAGACUGUGCAGACUACAGCACACAGCCACAGUCGACGCUAGCUGUGCUCCUUUAGCUAACGUUUGUAGAGCUUGUCAUGGGACUCACCAGCCUUGAUAAGAUUAUUGCCCUGCAGAGGAGCCCUGCCAACAUCAGAAACCUGUGCAUCCUGGCCCAUGUUGAUCAUGGUAAAACUACUCUGGCUGAUUGCUUAGUGGCAAGUAAUGGUAUCAUAUCAAGUCGACUGGCUGGGAAGCUGAGGUACCUGGACAGCCGAGAGGAUGAACAGAUCAGAGGGAUCACAAUGAAGUCCAGUGCCAUCUCUCUGCAGUACAGACACGGAGAUCAAGACUAUUUACUAAACCUGAUUGAUUCUCCUGGUCAUGUCGACUUCUCGUCUGAAGUUUCCACUGCUGUCAGACUGUGUGAUGGUGCCAUUGUAGUUGUUGAUGCUGUGGAGGGAGUGUGUCCACAGACCCAAGCUGUGCUCCGUCAGGCGUGGCUGGAGAACAUCAGGCCUUGUCUGGUCAUCAAUAAGAUAGACCGACUCAUUGUGGAGCUAAAGCUCACCUCUCAGGAAGCUUACACCCACCUGCAGAAGAUCCUGGAGCAGGUGAAUGCAGUGACAGGGAGUUUGUUCACAUCCAAAGUGCUGGAGGAGCGAGCGGAGAAGGAGAAGGGGGAGGAGGAGGAGGAGAAAGAAAGUGAAACAUUGAAUGGAGAUCAGGUUUACGACUGGAGCGCCGGGCUGGAGAAAACUGACGACUCCCAUCUCUACUUUUCUCCUGACCAAGGAAAUGUGGUCUUUGCCAGCGCCAUAGAUGGGUGGGGUUUCAGCAUCCAACAGUUUGCACACAUCUACAGCCAGAGAAUGGGUAUUAAGGCAGACGUGCUGCUCAAAACUCUGUGGGGAGAUUUCUACCUCAAUGCAAAAGCAAAGAAGAUCAUGAAAGGAGCUCAGGCCAAAGGAAAGAAGCAACUGUUUGUGCAGCUUGUGUUGGAUAACAUCUGGAGUUUAUAUGAUGCAGUUGUCACUAGAAGAGACAAGGAGAAGGUGGAGAAGGUGGUGACAUCCCUGGGGCUAAAGGUGAUGGCCAGAGACUCUCGUCACUCCGACCCUAAAGUCCUCCUUUCUGCAAUAUGCAGCCAGUGGUUACCUAUAUCCCAUGCUGUCCUCUCAAUGGCGUGUGAGAAGCUUCCCAGUCCGUUAGACAUGUCGGCAGAGAGGGUGGAGAAACUGAUGAGUGUUGGAGCGCGACAGUUUGAUACAUUGCCUGAACAGACUCAGGAGCUUAAAAAAGCGUUCCUCCAGUGUUCAAGCAAGGAGAAUGCUCCAGCCAUCAUCUUUGUGUCGAAGAUGUUUAAUGUGGACACCAAGGCCCUGCCUCAAAACAGACAGAGGCCUUUGACCCAAGAAGAAAUUGCCCAGCGCAGGGAGCUGGCUAGACAAAGACAUGCUGAGAGGUUGACAGCUGAUCAGAAGGCAGCAGAGAGCCAUGAAGACCUCACCCAGUCAGGGAGUGCUCCACAGGAAGCCCAACCUGCAGGACACAGUACAGCUAAGAUGGAGAUUCGGACAUUGAAAGACUCAAAGCCAGAAGAGGAGGAGGAGCAUAAGGAGACCUUCAUUGCAUUUGCGAGGGUCUACAGCGGGGUGGUAAAGAGAGGACAGAGGGUAUUUGUACUGGGACCAAAGUAUGACCCCGCCCAGGGCCUGAGCAUGCUGCCAGAGGGUCCCAGUGCCUCACAGUGUGUGCCUGAGGUGCCACAUCUAUCCUGCUGUUCCUUGGAAAGCCUGUACCUGCUGAUGGGCAGAGAGCUAGAGGACCUGGAGGAGGUGCCUGCAGGAAAUGUCCUGGGUAUUGGAGGCCUGGAGGAGUACAUCUUGAAGUCGGCAACCCUGUCAACAUCCCCUGCCUGCCCGCCCUUCACCCCGCUCAACUUUGAGGCCACGCCCAUCGUACGGGUUGCCAUAGAACCUAAACAUCCAAGUGAGAUGCCAAAGCUGGUGCGUGGGAUGCGUCUGUUGAAUCAGGCAGAUCCCUGUGCUGAAGUUCUGAUCCAGGAAACCGGAGAACAUGUCCUGGUCACGGCUGGAGAAGUUCACCUUCAGCGCUGCCUGGACGACCUCCGAGAAAGGUUUGCUAAAAUUGAGAUCAGCGCAUCCAAGCCCAUCAUUCCAUUUAGAGAAACAGUUGUACGCCCUCCAAAAGUGGACAUGGUGAAUGAAGACCUGGGCAAGCAGCAGAAAGUAGCUAUCAUUCACCAGGUGAAAGAACAGGCCUCUCAGGGCCGUUCAUCUGACACUCUACAUGUGGACCCAAGUGGUCUGGUCACCCUCACCACUCCCAACAGAUUGGCCACUGUGAGUGUCCGGGCGAUCCCGCUACCAAAGGAAGCGACCGAUCUGUUGGAGAGUAGCACAGAGCUGAUACGGACUCUGGAGCAGCUUAACAUGUCUUUGAGGGAGGGUAAGAGUCUGGACGUCAGCCUUCGGACCCUGGAGGCUAUCGCUGGACUCAAGGCCCAGCUGGAAUGCUUGUUGCCUGGGAGGAAGUGGAGAAACGCUGUGGAGCAAAUCUGGUCCUUUGGGCCUCGAAGAUAUGGUCCCAACAUUUUGCUGAAUAAUGUUGAGGGCUACCAGCGGCCCUCGCUGUGGCAGUGUCUGGCUACGGUACACAAAGCUGGUGAGUCUGGAGCUCAGACCACUGCUAUACGGGACUUUGAUAACAGCAUUGUCAGUGGCUUCCAGCUGGCAACUCUGUCAGGGCCCAUGUGUGAGGAGCCCCUGAUGGGAGUUUGCUUUUCUGUGGAGAGGUGGGAUAUUCAGUCCUCAGCCUUGUCACAACAUCAGGACUCCUUGGAGGAAGACUCCAUAUCCAAUGAGACUUCAGUAGACAGCAACAUGGAAAGAAGCACAAAGAUAUCUCCACCGAUGGAAGGAAUGGCAGCAGGUCUGAGCCAGGCCAAACCCAGGCCAGAGGCUGCAUCUACAGACUGCUAUGGGCCAGUCUCAGGCCAGCUGAUCGCUGCCAUGAAGGAGGCCUGCCGUCACGCUUUCCUGGUUCAGCCCCAGAGACUCAUGGCUGCCAUGUAUACCUGCGAAAUCAUGGCCACCGCUGAGGUCCUCGGCCGAGUAUAUGGUGUAAUUGGGAAGCGAGAGGGUCGCGUCCUCCAUGAAGAGAUGAAGGAAGGGACAGAGAUGUUCAUUAUCAAGGCCAUUCUGCCUGUGGCUGAGAGCUUUGGAUUUGCUGACGAGAUCCGCAAGAGGACCAGUGGAUUGGCCAGUCCACAGUUGGUCUUCAGCCACUGGGAGGUGAUCAGCAGUGAUCCAUACUGGGUUCCCACCACUGAAGAAGAAUACCUGCACUUCGGGGAGAAAGCUGACUCCGCCAACCAGGCUCUCAAAUACAUGAAUGCUGUCCGCCGCCGCAAAGGUCUUUAUGUGGAGGAGAAGAUUGUGGAGCAUGCAGAGAAGCAAAGAACACUCAGCAAGAACAAGUAGAGAAGGAAAACACAGAAGAUACCUCAUUUAGCAGUUCCUCCUGUCAGGCUGUGAGGCACGGCUGACGUCCUUUGUCCAGAUGCAGGCACAUACUGAACACCAUGACUGUGCUCUUCCAUCACUGACAUUUAUGAUCAUUUGCAGAGGGAUAGAUGUCAUGUCCAGAUGCAGCUAUUCUGUUUUUGAAGAUGUCCUCAUCAGUUGGGGCAAAUGACACAUAUAUAUUGACAAUAAAGAAUUAAAAAGUCUGCUGACUUUUUUAUAGAUCAUUUUGUUUUAAAUUCAAGUACAUAUUCUCAUGUAAAGAUACAAUGUGCAGUAAAUAAUAGCGACUCAAAUGGCCAGAUUAAUGGUAAAAGAAAAAUAAACAAAUGUGUUGCAAUUUUGGUAUGGGCAUUAUAUGUCUUUUCUUUACUGGUAUACUGUAGUGUAAAAUAACCAUAGUAAGUAGAUAGUGGUCAGUAUAAAAUAACCACGGUUAAGUAAAUAGUUGCCAGUGGAAACUGAUAAUAACUGUUAUAAUGAUAAAAGUAAGAAACAAAGGACAAUAAGUGUGAGAGACUUGCUGAAACAUACUACUGGGCACCAGCUGACUGAAAUAGGCAUGUACUGAUUAAAGCUGCUGUAGUGUGAUGAUGUGAAGUGUGAACCAAGUAUACAACACUUUUAUUGUUCUUUAAAAAUGCAGUGCCAAGAGUGAUCAGAUAUAAAGGGAUGCGAAGAGUAACUGGUCGACAUGCAGUUCUGCACGUGCGCCAAUCUUCGCGCAAGCGCAGAAGGUAAUACAGGGUUUUUCCACAAGAGGUACAGGGAUUUUCCAUAAGAAAUAUGGGAUUAUUCCAUAGAGAAAUAGCAGUGUCAGCAGAAAUAAAGAAGAAUAGGGAUUGGUUGAAGCCAUGAUGGAAUGGACACUCCCAGUUUUCUGUGUUUAAAAGAGGAUGUUCAGGGCUUCGAACCUAGGGACAGUUUGGAUUUUUCACAGAUUUUGUCUGUGUCUGAUCCCAUUCUUUUUUGCCGGCAAAUAAAGUCCUACUGCACUCAGC